AUGGCCAUCUCAAGGGCCCUGCGCCAAAUCAUCCUCAUGGGCGUCAUCUGCUUCGGCACUAUCGGCAUGUUCAACGCAAUGUCCUCCAUCGGAAACGCUGGCAAGCACUCGCCCACCGCUCAAAACCUCGCCAUUACCUCCUCUUCAAUUGCUUAUAUCAUCGGAUUCCUGCUCGCCGGCGGCACACACAACAUGAUCGGCCCCAGACUCUGCGUCGCCUUUGGCGGUCUCACAUUCUUUCUCUAUGCCGGAUCCAUGCUACUUGCCAAGGACGACGACAACUCUGUCUAUCCGCCCUUGGCCGGCAUUCUCCUCGGGCUCGGUGCUGGGUGUAUCUAUGUCACAGAGGGCGCAAUGAUGAUGUCCUAUCCUACCGAAGACAACAAGGGGAAAUAUAUUGCCUGCUUUUGGGCCAUCUUCAACCUCGGCGCCGUCCUUGGCUCGGUCCUACCGCUUAUCAUGAAUAGUGCUCCAGGCAUGGAUCCAGACGACGUUUCAUCGACAACUUACAUCGUCUACAUGGUCAUCAUGGGCCUCGCUACCUUCCUCGCCGUCUUCCUCGUCCGUCCCUCCACCAUCAUCCGUGACAAUGGCGAACCUGUGAGCGUCGCCAAAUUUGCAGGACUCAGGGCAGAGUGCAUCGCUAUCUUAUCCGUCUUUUGCGACUGGCGCAUGCUGCUUCUCAUCCCCGCCUUCUUCUUCUCCAAUUUUUCUUACACUUAUCAAUUCAACGACUUCAACGGUUUCAACUUCAACAUCAGGACCCGGUCUCUCAACUCAAUUCUCUUCUGGGUAGCCCAGAUCAUCGGGGCUAUCGUAAUCGGAUAUCUUCUGGAUGGCAUACCCGUCAAGAGACCCAGGAGAGCCAUGCUCGGAUUGCUCGUCAUCGGACUUUUAUUUAUGGCAACUUGGGUUGCAGCGUUGAUGGUUCAGCUCCAGCACAAAUGGGAACGAAAGGUCUUCCGCAAGAACGAGCUGAUCGACUAUGAGCAUGGAAGCACCUAUACGGGGUUGUUGGCUAUCUAUGCCAUGUUUGGAUUCUGCGACGCUGCUUUCGCAGUCUACUGCUAUUGGCUUAUGGGAGCCCUGUCCAAUAAACAUGACGAACUGUCGCGCUACACUGGAUUUUUCAAGUCUAUUCAGUCACUUGGAAGUGCUGUGGCCGCCCCACUAGACCUGGCCCAGACACCCUUACUUGCCUACUUGGUGACCAACUGGAUCCUAUGCGCCCUCUCCCUCGCUGCCAUGUUUCUCGUCUGCAGGACCAUCACCGAUACC